UGCCGGAUCGGCCAAUCUCUCACUAGAUCAUACUUGAGGCCGGCGCCGUGCCACCGAAAGGAUGCAUUUAUCGCAUGUCCGAGGAGGAGCUCACGAUUCUUCGUGCGCAACUCGACGAUCUACUCGACAAGGGUUGGAUCCGCCCUAGCAGCUCACCUUACGGUGCGCCCGUUCUCUUCGUUCGGAAGAAGAACAAGGACCUUCGACUUUGCAUUGACUACCGACGCCUCAAUGCGCAAACCAUCAAGAACGUGGGGCCUCUACCUCGCAUUGACGAUUUGCUUGAGCGGUUGGGCGACGCCAAGUACUUUUCGAAGUUGGACCUCAADUCGGGCUACCAUCAGAUUUCCAUCCGCCCGCAAGAUCGGUACAAAACCGCGUUUAAGACGCGAUAUGGGCAUUUUGAGUGGGUAGUUAUGCCUUUUGGCCUCACCAAUGCCCCGGCCACCUUUCAGGCGGCCAUGACCACCGAGUUUCGCGCUAUGUUGGACCGCUUCAUUUUGGUCUACUUAGACGACAUCCUCGUCUAUAGCYGAACUCUAGAGGAGCAUCUCGAGCACCUUCGCCGUGUUCUAGAAACUCUUCGGUCAGCCCGGUACAAAGCUAACCGCGACAAAUGCGAGUUUGUCCARCAAGAGCUURAAUACUUGGGUCAUUUUGUCUCUCCGGAAGGCAUUCGUCCGUUGGCGGACAAGAUUCAAGCCAUCCAGKAGUGGCCCGAGCCGAAGAAUGUGACGGACGUCCGAUCCUUCCUCGGCUUGGCCGGUUAUUAUCAGCGCUUCAUCAAGGGUUACUCGAAGAUCGCGACCAACCUAAGCAAGUUACAAAGCGAGGAGCGGCCUUUUGACUUCGACGACAACGCGCGCCAUUCUUUUGAGACACUCAAAGCGGCACUCUUGUCCGUCGAGGUGUUACAUAUUUACGACCCGCUUCUAGCUACGCGCGUCACUACCGAUGCGUCGGGCUAUGGCAUUGGGGCCGUCCUUGAGCAGCACGAUGGCACGGACUGGCACCCGGUCGAGUACUUUAGCAAGAAAGUACCUCCCGUGCAUUCGAUCGACGACGCACGGAAGAAGGAGCUUCUUGCCUUCAUCCACGCCCUCAAGCGUUGGCGACAUUUCCUCCUUGGUCGGAAAGCAUUCCGAUGGGUAACGGAUAACAAUCCGUUGGUAUUCUACAAGUCGCAAGAAACGAUUAACAAUACCAUUGCCCGUUGGAUGGCUUUCAUCGACCAGUUUGACUUUUUCCCCGAUCACAUUCCCGGGAAGUCAAACCGUUUUGCGGACGCCCUCUCACGGCGACCGGAUCUUUGCACCGCAGUAUACUCUACCUUCGAGAUCGACGACAACUUCGGAGAGCUUCAUCUGCGGCUAUCAAGCCGACCCCCACUUUCGCGACAAGUACGCGAAUUGCUCCUCUUCGAAUCCAGUGCCUUCGCAUUAUCGGAUCCAAGAGGGCUACUUACUUGUGCAUUCAUGGGGUAAGGAUCUUCUUUGUGUGCCGAAUGAUUCACACUUGCGCACACGGCUUCUUGGCGAGUUUCACGAUGCGCCCGCCUCCGGACAUUUUGGUGUCAACCGUACACUUCGUCGACUUCGCCAGCGGUUCUAUUGGCCCGACCUUCUCAAGGACGCCACCCGCUAUUGUGAGUCGUGCGAAGUCUGUCGGCGUUGCAAGGCACGCAACCAUCGUCCGUUCGGCGAGCUACACCCAUUACCAGUGCCCCUUGGGCGACGGGAAGCAAUUGCUAUGGAUAUCACCGGCCCCUUCCCGAA